AUGCUUUGUUGUGAUGGGGCUGCAAGGGGGAAUCUGGGUAGAGCUGGGGCUGGAGUUGUAGUUCGUGAUACAAAUGCUAAUGUUUUGGGAGCCAUGAGUGUUGGUUUUGGCAUUCAAACAAAUUACUUGGCGGAGGUUUUAUGUAUCGUAGUUGGUCUUGAGUGGGCAACUAAAUUUGGAAUGACUGAUGUUUGUAUUCGUUCGGAUUCGAUGGAUGCUAUUUUGGUGUUCUCUGGCAACAUUAAUUUGGUGCCUUGUUUUCUUCUUUUGAGGUGGUUAGCUGUGAUGGCUAUACAUAAUGACAUUCGUUUUGUUCAUUCGUAUAGAGAAGCAAAUAUUGCUGCUCAUACCAUGGCAAAAAGAGGUUGUUUAUUAGAAGAAGGAGUGGGAUUAAGUUAUGACAAUAGGCCUGAUUUUAUUAUUGCUAUUGAAUUACCAAAUGUAACUUAUUUUAUAUUCGAUUAG